AUGAAAUAUGAAGUGACUUUGUCUUCCUUGUUGCAGAUCCAUAACAUGGUGGCAGUGCUGGAAGUGAUCUCCAGCUUGGAGAAAUAUCCCAUUACCAAAGAGGCACUUGAGGAGACGAGACUUGGGAGGCUCAUCAAUGAGGUGAGGAAGAAAACAUCCAAUGAGGAACUUGCCAAACGUGCCAAGAAAUUGUUGCGGAAUUGGCAAAAGUUGAUAGAACCUGUAACCCAGAAUGAACCAGUGCCAAGAGGGCUGCCCAAUCCACCCGGAUCAGCCAACGGAGGGGCUCACAACUGCAAACCAGAAGCUCAGCUUCCUGCUGUGGCUGGGAAAUUGGGAAAUCGGAAAAGGAAAAGUGAACACAGGGAUGGGCAUCAGGGUCCUCCUCCCCCAAACAUCUCCAAAGCUAGUCAUGAAGUAUUACAAAACUCUUCACCCCCUCCAACAAAUGGAAUUGGAGGUAGUCCUGAAAAUUUUCCUAGUCCUGUAGACGUAAAUCUACACGUGGGGCCUGAAAGCAGCAGGACAGAACUCAGUGAAAAUGAUAAACACAGUAAGAUCCCAGUAAAUGCUGUAAAACCUCACACCAGUUCUCCAGGACUUGUAAAACCUUCAAGCACUUCCUCGUUACUAAAGACUGCAGUGCUUCAGCAGCAUGAUAAAUCAGAAGACACCCCAGGGCAGCACCAACCCAAGAGUCCUCGCUGUUCCUCCUUUAGCCCCAGGAAUGUCAGGCAUGAGACUUUUGCUCGGCAGCAUACUACGUACUCACCAAAGGAUUCCAUGCCCAGUCCAUCUCAAAGGUCUCAGUUCUUAGACACUGCACAGGUGCCAUCACCACCACCAUCCUUGAUGCAACCAUCAACACCUCCCAUGCCAGCAAAAAGACUGGAGUUCUCUCAGCAACCAGUCCCUGAGGUGUCUCAGCACUGGCAGGAGCAGCAGGUACCUUCUGAAAGCCAGCACAGGCACACAGCAGGGACACUGCAACAGCACACAGCUCCCAGCUGCAAAACCAGCUCCCACCCUGGGGAAUCUCUCAUGCCACACAUGGGCUUUUCACAGGACACUUCAAAAAUGGACAGUGAUGAUGCUGCUUCAGGUUCAGAUAGUAAAAAGAAGAAAAGGUACCGACCCAGAGACUAUACGGUCAACUUGGAUGGGCACGUGACAGAAGGAGGUGUGAAACCUGUGAGGUUAAAAGAGAGAAAACUCACUUUUGAUCCCAUGACAGGACAGAUAAAACCUUUAACACAGAAAGAUCCUUUGCAGGUAGAAAUCCCUGCACUGACUGAACAGCACAGGACAGAAACAGAAAAGCAGGAGCAAAAACCCAACCUGCAAAGCCCUUUUGAACAAACGAACUGGAAAGAGUUGUCCAGAAAUGAAAUCAUUCAGUCCUAUUUAAACAGACAGAGUAGCUUGCUGUCCUCAUCAGGAGUACAGACUCCAGGAGCUCACUACUUCAUGUCUGAGUAUUUAAAGCAGGAGGAAAGCACUAGAAAAGAGGCUAGAAAGACUCAUGUUCUAGCUCCUAACAGCAAACCUACAGACUUGCCUGGGGUCACAAGAGAGGUCACAAGUGAUGACCUGGACAGGUUAUGUGAACAGAACUGGCCGGGCGCGAACGGUUGUUAUGACACACAGGGUAACUGGUAUGAUUGGACACAGUGCAUAUCUUUAGAUCCACACGGGGAUGAUGGUAGAUUGAACAUCCUGCCUUAUGUCUGCCUAGACUGA